UUCCUCUCCUAAGCUCACUUCUUCUUCCUCCUCAACUCCACGAUACCCCUCCACCACCAGACCUUCUAAUUCCCCGACGGCUCCGUGAUACCAGUUGCCCUACCUCCAGUCUACCUUCCCUUUGUUCAUUCCAUUAGUUUCUAAUCCGCUCAUUUCACGCAAGCGUUCACUCAUUCAUCCUGUUUACCAAGCGCGCAAUCAUGGCUGCGAGUACACAGGUCCUUAAGAGGCCCGUGCACUUUGGCUCUUUCCUGGUCACGUCUCAGGUUUUUUACAGCACCGCACAUUCCUUCGCCCUCGUUAAUCUCAAACCCUUACUGCCCGGUCACGUUCUCGUCUGCUCGAAUAGGGUUGUUCCAAGGCUUAAAGAUCUCUCAACCGAUGAGGUCACAGACCUCUUCCUAACCGUCCAAAAGGUCAGUAAGGUGAUCGAGAAGAUUUACAAAGCUGAUUCUCUGAACAUUGCAAUGCAAGAUGGUGUUGCGGCUGGUCAAUCAGUCCCACACGUCCACACCCACAUAAUCCCCCGACACUUCCAAGACCUCCCGCAGGAAGACCAAAUAUACGCCAUGCUGGAAUCUGAAGACGGAGACUUGGGACGCAAUUACCUAGAAGCGCAGCAUUCCGCUGUCAUGAAUAACAGUGCAAGGCCGAAGUUCCCGACCGUGCAUCCGGACGCCGAGAGGAAGCCUAGGUCUGAAGAGGCGAUGGCUGAGGAGGCAAAGUGGUUGGCUGGGUGUAUGGGGGAAGGGGAGGAGGGGAAGGGUAGAUUGUAGAAUCAAGUUUGGUUGGAGUUGAUAGGGAUAGAUGGGCUGAAUUUCGGUAAUAUCUGGUCCCCCUUUUACAGGUGGGAUGCAAGAGACCAUGAAGCUCUCUGCUUAUGAUACCCGACGUCCGACCCGGUCUAGUCUGAGGUGGCUCGACGUGGAUGACUGGUUCAUGGACCAUUCUGGGAAUUUUGACCCACAUCACCGAACUAUGCCGAAAAAAAAAAGUUUCCUUAAGACAUUGCA